AUGAUUGAUUACUGGCAACCUGGAACUCAGUACAAUGACGGUGCAAGGGUCCUUUAUGAAGGUGUCCAGUACAAGAUCAUUCAGCCUCACCGGUCCCAGAGUGACUGGACUCCGCCCGUGACACCUGCCCUUUGGGGACGCCUGGAAGGUGGCGAUUGCCAGCGCAGUCCUCAUCAUGAGAAUUCUGGUCAAUGGGCCGGGGACUGCAAGUCUGACCCGUGUGCUCCACCGUGCAACCAACCUCCUCCUCCUCAGCAGCAGCAACAACAACAACAGCAACAACAGCAACCUUACCAUUCCCCUCAAGGCGGCAUCCAACCGACUCAUCAGGAGAGUCAGCAGCACUGGUUUGACAUUGAUGAAAAAAGGAGGCAUGAGCUGGAGAUCGGAGGGGGCGUCCUGGCCGGUGUCGGUGCCCUUGCCGCUGGCGUUUUUGCCUACAAUCACCACAACAAGAGUGAAGAGGAGAAAAGGGCGCACGUUUGGUCGCAGGGCAACUGGCUCCGUGAUGCGGAGCAACGUACCCAGGCCUUCCGAAGCGGAAAUUACCCUGGUCCAGUAGCAUGGGUCCUCAUUAAGGGUAAGAACAUCCCACCAAAUGCCAUCGAAGGUGGCUUUGAGCGUGGCGCGCCUUUGUAUAUUUGCCGUGCUUACUAUGAGGCAAUGGUCGGAAAGGCAUGCUCUGUCUUCAAAAAAGGAGCUGUGAUCGGCUACAAGAAGGAAGAGAUCCACCUUGAUACAUACGAAAUCCUUGUUGGGAACUCUCAAGCCGUCCGUGGCCGGGAGCCUGGAGGUGCUCCUCAAUACAUUGCCCAAGCUCCUUACCACGGAGCCGUGCACCCAGGGAAGGCGUCCGAGUCGUUCGGUGAUGGUUGCUUCAUUCCUUACGACUCCACAGAGAAGAAGGUUAAGGAGUACGCGGUGCUUUGCUACAACUGA